UUCAGAGGCACACGCCGCUUCCUUCGCCUUUCCAAGUAACGCUAUGGCUCUGCGUCGGUGCCUGUGCAGCCGGUCGGGCGCAAAGCUCUUUCUGGGAUGCAAAACAAGCAUUUCUUUCUCAUCUCCGUCCGUUCUCCGACGUUCUGUCGAUGAUGAACAUCGCCUUCCAGUACUCCAGUGUAUGCGUCGGUUGUCGGGCUCGACCAAUCCGCCAGACGAAUCCACUACACCUGAAACAGGGCCGGCGCGUGGCAAAUCUACGGGGUCCACUUCCAGCGCUCCCAUGCUGUCGCCGCAGUUGUACACCUCGGCCAACGCGUUCCAGAAGCGCGACAACCUACUCGUGCUCGAUUUGCUCAACAUGGCGUUCCGACGAGCGCCCAGCGAGGACCAACAGUUCCUGGACAUCGGCUGCGCCGCGGGCGACUUCACGCGCGACGUGCUGAUGCCGCGUUGCUCCCCUUGCCGGCGCAUCGUGGCCACGGACGUGUCCAGCUCUAUGAUCGCACACGCGAAGCGCUUCUACACGCAUCCGUACAUCACGUACGACGUCCUGGACCUUUCCCACGACGUCUCGCCGUUCGUGGAACGGUACGGCCGCUUCGACCGCGUCUACUCCUUCUUCUGUCUGCACUGGAUCCACGACCAGAUAGGCGCGCUGCGCAACAUCCGCAAGCUGAUGGCGCCCGAGGGCGAGUGCCUGCUGUACUUCUGCGCGCGCACUCCCUCCUACACACUUUGGCGAGAAUUUGCCCGCAUGGACCGCUGGAAGGAUGUCCUAUCGGACGUUGAAAACUUUCAUACCGCCCAGCCACGACGCAAAAGACCUGCUGUCUUACUUGGAGCAUAUUCUGGCAGCCUCCGAAUUAAAGCCACACACCUGCGAAGUGUUACGCAACGUGUGGACGUUUCCUACUGAACAGGACAUUGCAGGUACUAUCUCGGCCGUGCUGCCCGUGGCGGAAGGAGCUUCUGUGCACGAGGUGCAGGAGCUGGCCAAGGCGAUGACGGCUGAGGUGGUGUUGCGUUCUCGCAAAAGUCUCGGUGGCUUCAGCGCAGCCUUCGACGCGUACGUGGUGCACGCCUCCCGCUCUGCAGUCUCUCGUACCCCGCAAUGGCUUAUGAUGCACAGCGGCUAGACUUCGACAGGGUGCUGCUCGUCGGCCCCGCCCGCAUCCCCACAUAUUGCAACUUUGCACCACCUACGUCACAUAUCUAUGUCGGUCACCGCGAAAUGAGUACUGAUGUGCAAACAUCUUAUUUUUGCACACGCGAGCCAUCCUGGUUAAUAAGGGACGUCUCAACUAACCCAUCCUUUACACCAUCUAACCAGUCAUUCAGGGAUGUACCUUUGAAAACUGUCUCCCUUUUUAUUUUAUUCCAUCAAUAUUAACCAAGCACACUGUAUGGCCUCUCAUAUGCGUCAACACAUUAGCCCUUCUUAUGCGAUUUUAUUCAAACGCGUGUCGGUUGUUGCAACACACAUUAGGGCAGCACAUGAUUGUCCCAUAGCUCGUGCGUAUCACAUAAUGUGACAGUGAAGUGCGAGAAAUUUGUUCUUAGUGGUGGACAAGAUAUGCGCUUUCGUGCUGUGGCCAGGCUCCGUGAUCUUAUGAAAAAAAUAAAGAAAAAAAAGAACACCCAAA